AGAUACAGGUUCAGACAUAUCUUUAAUACAUGAAAUGUUUAUUGAAAAUCAUAACUUACUAAAGUUAGACGCAAUAAUUGUAUCUGGAGUCACUACGCACUCCAUAAAAACUAAAUACGCGGUAGUAGUAGAGGUAUUUGAAAAGAAACAUACAUUUCAUGUAUUAGAUGAUCAUUCGCCAGUACAGCAUCAGGGAAUACUAGGUAUUGAUUUUCUCACAGCAAACAAUUUUAUAUUUUCAAACGAGCGACUAAUUCUAAGCGGAAAAGAAUUUAAAAGGUGCGAUAAACCGCAUCCCGAUAACGUGAAAAGAAAACAAGACGUGUUAGUAAUAUUCAAAGAUGACACUGGAGCGAUCACGAGAAUGAAUGACUCUAACAAACCUAUAUUGCCGUCACACUUACAUUCUGAGAUAAAAGGCAUUGAAAGUUUUUACGAGACAUCAAUCUAUCCCAUUUCAGAAAAGAUAUUAGAUAACACGCGUUUAGAACUAUUGAAGGAAAAUACCCGUCUUUCACAUAUUCAAGAACAUUCCAGCGAGAUCUGGGAUAUCAUAACGGAAUUCCAUGAUAUUUUUACCUUACCAGGAGACCCUCUUCCUCUUACUAAAUUAAUUGAACACGAAAUUAAAACCUCGGACGAAAUUCCUGUUAACACAAAACAAUAUCGUUAUCCUCCAAUACACCAAGAGGAAAUUAAGAAACAGAUUAAAGACAUGCUUGCAAAGGGAAUUAUACAGGAAUCAGAUUCACCUUAUAAUUCACCCCUUUGGAUUGUACCUAAAAAGCAGGAUGCUUCUGGUAAACCCAAAUGGAGAUUAGUAAUAGAUUUUAGAAAACUUAAUGAAAAGACCAUUCAAGACGCUUAUCCGCUUCCAAAUAUAGACGAAAUAUUAGAUCAGUUAGGUAAUGCGCGAUAUUUUUCUGCUUUUGAUCUGGCAUCGGGUUUCCAUCAAAUCGGCAUGCAUCCCAAAGACAUUCAGAAAACAGCCUUUUCUACUCCAAACGGACAUUAUGAAUACACUCGAAUGCCCUUCGGUUUAAAAAAUGCACCUCCUACCUUUCAAAGAAUGAUGAAUCGGGGCUUAAAGGGAUUAAUUGGUAAUAAUUGCUUAGUUUAUAUAGACGACAUAAUAGUUUAUGGAAAAACAAUCGAAGAGCAUAACAAAAAUUUAAGAAUAUUAUUUGAAAGACUUAGACAGGUCGGGCUAAAAUUACAACCCGAUAAGUGCGAAUACCUCAAACCGGAACUUGAAUAUUUAGGGCACGUUAUUUCGGAACAAGGCAUACAACCUAACCCUAAUCGAAUCGAGAAGGUAAAAACUUACCCAGUACCAAGAAAUCCGAAAGAAAUCAAACAAUUCCUUGGGCUAGUCGGUUACUACCGUAAAUUUAUCAAAGACUUUUCCAAGAUAGCGAAACCGUUAACACGAUUACUCCAAAAAUCCUCAACCUUUCAAUGGACUAACGAACAACAACAUUCUUUUGAAUCUCUCAAAUCCAAGUUAAUAACGCAACCUGUAUUAUCUUAUCCUGACUGGAACAGACCGUUUGUUUUGACCACUGACGCAUCUAAUGAGGCCAUCGGGGCAAUACUCUCACAAGGAACAAUAGGCAAAGACAAGCCAUUGGCUUUUGCCUCUAGAACGCUUAAUAAAGCAGAGACUCGAUAUAGCACUACGGAAAAAGAAUUACUCGCAAUUGUAUGGGCGACAAAACAUUUUAGACAAUAUUUAUACGGAAAAAAAUUUACAAUCGUAACGGACCAUAAACCUUUAGUCUGGCUAAUGAACGUGAAAGAUCCUAACUCCAGAUUAAUGAGAUGGAGACUUAAAUUAGAAGAAUUCGAUUACGAAAUUGUUUAUAAACCGGGAAAAACUAAUACUAACGCCGACGGACUGUCACGAAUUCCAGUAAAUGCAAUCGACUCCUAUCUUUCCGAUGAAGAUAUCGAACACAUAUUAUCAGACAUAAUAAAAGAGAAACGCGAAAUUAAGAUUGCUUUUAACAAAGAUCCAGUUCCGGGAUGGUUAAAUAUUGAUCCGAAAUCUGUCUCCUUGGAAAAUCUCUUAACUUUAAUAUCACCAAUCAUUGAGGAUACAAAUGCUGAUCCUGACAAAUGGACGUUAUAUUUCAUAGGACCUAUUAAUACCAAGACACGAAACACUAUAGACGCUUUAAUUAACACGUACAACUUGCAGUCUAAAACUAAGACGAUAAUAGAAGAACGACCGUCUCAAUGGUUUGAAGAUAAGUUUCCACUACCAACUCCAACGAACGAAUACUUACCUGAAAACGAUUACGAAAUACAAAAGGGACCAUCAUCUUCUCCCUCAAUUCCAUCCUCAUCCAAACCAAAAGUGAAUAAACAAAUAAUAGUAAGAAAUCAAGUCGGUAGGCAAACCAAUAAAACAAUAUUAUUUAUCGAAACCCCUCCUGAAAUUACUAGAGAAAACGAAGUUUAUGUAUCUCCUCACGCAACUCACAGACAAUUAAGUAUCCAACUACAUGACUUUUUAACUGAGAACGAUCAUCAUCUAAAUAUAAUACACGAUCAGAAGGAAGUUAGUAAAUUGAUUUCAGUUAUCGACGAAUAUUAUCUUGGAGACAAAUUAUACAUUUACGUUUCUCAGUAUCUUCCAGAAAUUAAAAAUAAAAAUGAAAUUAUAUCGGAUGCACAUUCCGGCAUAUUAGGCGGUCAUUAUUCAACAGAAAAGACGCUUCAAAAGAUUAGACAAAAAUACAAUUGGCCAAACAUAACUGUUGACGUCAAAGAAUUCAUUGACAAGUGUGAAUUAUGUCAACUCAACAAGCCAGGUACUCAAAAACCUUACAUCUAUUCUUCUCCUGAUAUCCCACAAACUCCAAAUGACAAAAUAUCCAUCGAUAUCAUGGGACCGUUUGAAAUAACAAACAGAGGAAACCGGUAUAUCCUUGUUACCCAAGACUACCUGACACGAUAUAUUCUCGUAGAACCUCUAGUAGAUAAAUCUACGGCCGCGAUUAUUAGAGCCUUGUGGUACUCCUGGCUCAGAUAUUUCGGAAAACCUAAAGAACUACUUUCCGAUAACGCUUUAGAAUUUACUUCUAACGAAUUUAAGACACUUUGUGAUAAAUUGCAUGUAAAACACGUACUAACUUCAGUUUAUCACCCGCAAUCGAACGGAAAAAAUGAGAGAUCACACUUAAUACUAACCGAAUAUAUUAGACAUUACAUUAACGAACAAGAGCAAUGGGAUAUGAUACUACCCCAAGCAAUGCUCACAUACAAUUGCACAGUUAAUAAAAAUACAGGCUAUACGCCUUACGAGUUACAAUUCGGUAGGGAACCAAAUCACAUCUUCAGUGAAGAAGAUGAAAGGGUAACCCUUCAAAAACAAAUUGAAGACUUACGUCUUCAACACGAAAAUAAAUUGGAAGAAGCGCGUAGGAGCAUACGCGACUAUCAAAAUUCCAAUGUUCCUAUCAAAAAUUACGUACCAAUUGAAAGCAAUGAGUUGAUUCUUGUAAAGAAUUUCAAUGCCAAGUCAUUCGAGCCACAAUGGAAAGGUCCUUUUCCUGUUGUUCGACAUGACAAAUUCAUAACAUAUCAUAUUAGAGAAAACGGAGAAAUUAAACAAUAUCACAGAAGUGAUAUUAAACCUUUCGUUUCAGGCAAUGGGAAUGGAUCUGAUACGAAUCAUUCCGAUACUUCUUCUCCUGAUUCCCCAGGGUCAUCUUACUGACAAUGUGGAGAGAGAGAAGUUCAAGAUCGCUCAGCUAGAUGAUAGUGAAGUAAUUUACC